GUGAUUCAAGUGUUUCUGGUGAGACCAAUCCUUGGUUUAGGGUGGGGAGGAACCGCAUAACAGGUCAUCUGUAGACUCCAGAGGACUGCAGACACCUAGGCAGACGAGUGGAGGACUGAAGAAGCAGCUCCCUAGGAUUUGCUCGCCAGGGAACUCACAGACAAUGACUUGGCUCUUUUUCAGAACCACAGGGGCCCUGGCCGUUUUAAUGGUGGUCCUAUUGGUUCAUGGAGAAUUGAGAAUAGAGACCAAGGGACAACUCGGAGAAAAUGGAACAGCAGUUCAACAAGCCAAAAGGAGAUAUAAACGUGAAUGGGUAAAAUUUGCAAAACCCUGCAGAGAAGGAGAAGACAACUCGAAGAGAAACCCAAUUGCCACAAUUACUUCCGAUUUCCAAGCAACCCAGAAAAUUACCUACCGAAUUUCUGGAAUAGGAAUUGAUCGGCCCCCUUUCGGAAUCUUUGUUGUUGACAGAAACACUGGAGAAAUUAACAUAACAGCCAUCGUUGAUCGCGAGGAAACCCCAAGCUUCCAGAUCACAUGCCAUGCUUUAAAUAUCCUAGGACAGGAUGUAGAGAAACCACUUAUACUAACAGUCAAAAUUUUAGAUAUCAAUGACAACGCUCCAGUAUUUUCACAAAAUAUAUUCAUGGGUGAAAUUGAAGAAAAUAGUCCUGCAAACUCACUGGUGAUGAUACUCAAUGCUACAGAUGCAGAUGAACCGAACCAUCUGAACUCUAAAAUUGCAUUCAAAAUUGUCUCUCAGGAGCCUGCAGGCAUCCCCAUGUUCCUCCUGAGCAGACACACUGGGGAAGUCUGGACUUUGACCAAUUCUCUUGAUCGAGAGCAAGUUAGCAGCUACCGUCUUAUUGUGAGUGGUGCAGACAGAGAUGGAGAAGGACUGUCAACUCAAUGCGAAAGUAGUAUUAAAGUGAAAGACGUCAACGAUAACUUCCCGAUGUUCAAAGAAUCCCAGUAUUCGGCACGUAUCGAGGAAAAUACUUUAAGUUCUGAGUUGCUUCGAUUUCAAGUAAUAGAUUUGGAUGAAGAGUUCACAGAUAAUUGGCUUGCAGAGUAUUUUUUUACCUCUGGAAACGAAGGGAAUUGGUUUGAAAUCCAAACUGAUCCCAGAACUAACGAAGGCAUCCUGAAGGUGGUUAAGCCUCUGGAUUAUGAACAACUACAGAAUGCACAAUUUGGUAUUGCCGUCAAAAACAGAGCUGAAUUUCACCAGUCAGUAAUCUCUCAAUAUCGAGUCCAGUCAACCCAAGUUACAAUUCAAGUUAUAAACAUGCAAGAAGGAAUUACAUUCCGUCCUACUUCCAAGACAUUUACUGUCCAGAAAGGCAUAAGUAGUAAAAAGCUGGUCAAUUACAUCGUGGGAACCUAUCAAGCCAUUGAUGAAGACACUGGCAAAGCUGCUUCAAAUGUCAGGUAUAUCAUGGGACGUAAUGAUGGUGGCUUGCUAAUAAUUGAUUCAAAAACUGCUGAAAUCAAAUUUGCCAAAAACAUGGAUCGGGAGUCUAUUUUUAUAGUUAACAAGACAAUCAUAGCUGAGGUCCUGGCCAUAGAUGGAAACACAGGUAAAACAGCUACAGGCACCAUAUAUGUUGAAGUACCUGGAUUUAAUGAAAAUUGUCCAACAAUUGUCCUCGAAAAGAAAGCAAUUUGCAGCUCAUCACCUUCCGUGGUGGUCUCAGCCAAAGCACAAGGCAAUAAGUAUACUGGCCGUUACACAUUUUCACUGGAGGAGGAACCUCUAAAAUUGCCAGUUGUGUGGAGUAUCACAACACUCAAUGAUACCUCUGCACUCCUUAGAGCCCAGCAGCAGGUGUCUCCUGGAACGUACACAGUCUCCCUUGGAGUUACAGACAGUGAGGACAGGCGGUGUGAGGCAGCAGACAGUCUGACUCUGGAGGUCUGUCAGUGUGACUUCAGGGAUACCUGUGCAUCCCCCACCCCAGGGAUACCUGGGCGCACAACCGGAGAGUGGUCAUUUGCGAGGCUGGGGCCUGCUGCCAUCGGCCUGAUAUUCCUUGGUCUCUUGCUAUUGCUGUUGGCCCCCCUUCUGCUGUUGACCUGUGACUGUGGGACUGGUCCUAUAGGGGGAGCGACAGGUGGCUUUGUCCCAGUUCCUGAUGGUUCAGAAGGAACAAUUCAUCCGUGGGGAAUCGAAGGAGCCCAACCUGAAGACAAGGAAAUCACAAAUAUUUGUGUGCCACUUAUAACUUCCAAUGGAGUUGAUUUCAUGGAAAGCUCUGACGUUUGUACAAAUAUAUGUGCCAGAGGAAUGGGAGUGGAAGGAGCUUCGGAAACAGAACUGACCACCAAGCUUGGCGCAGAGGCCGGAUCUGGAGCUGCUGCAGGAUUUGGAGCAACCACUGGACUUGGCUUCUGUUCUGCAGGACAGUCUGGGACAAUGAGAACAGGGCAUUGCACUGGAGGAGCCCAUAAGGACUACUGUGAAGGGGCAAUAAACAUGAAUUUCUUGGACUCCUACUUUUCUCAGAAAGCAUUUGCCUGUGCAGAGGAAGACAAUGGCCAGGAAGCAAAUGACUGCUUGCUGAUCUAUGAUAAUGAAGGACUGGAUGCCCCUGGUUCUCCCGUGGGCUCCUUGGGUUGUUGCAGUUUUAUUGCUGAUGAGCUGGAUGAGAGCUUCUUGGAGUCGCUUGGCCCCAAAUUUAAAAAACUUGCAGAAAUAAGCCUCGGGUUUGAUGACAAAACUAAUCAAUCUCAGUUACCCACCAAAACAAGCGGUUCUGGGAUUGAAUUCUGCGGCCCUUCCGUAGAAAUCCAGCAGUCAGAAUCUGCUAGGUGCCCGACUUUGUCAGGCGGUCAAGGAGCUUCUGCUUUUUCAGCUUCCUGCUCUGUCCUCCAACCAGCCAUUUGCAUACCUGACCCUUUGCAGCAGAGUAGCUAUUUGGUAACGGAGAGUUACUCAACUUCCGGUUGCCUGCUGCAACCUUCUUCUGCAACCUUUGAUCCACUUCUCAAACAAAAUGUAAUCAUGACAGAAAGAGUGAUUUGUCCCAUUUCCAGUGGUCCUGGCAAUAUACAUGGUCCCACGGAGCUACAAGGGUCAUGUAAUAGGAUCUGUGUAGAAGACCCUUGUUCCCGUCUGAUAUGACCAGAAUGGAAUAACAUACUGGCCAAAUAUGGUAUUUGGACCAAAUUAUCCAUAAUAGCAUAGCAAAUCACAGUGUUGGUCUAAUUUGGCAUGUACUUGCUACUCUCAUAAACUGAUCAUUACAGUUGCAAUUGUCUAGUUCAUAUCUCCAAAGUGGAUAUGUUGUCACUCUUAAUUCUCCAAUGCUAUUCAAGUUGGAGUAAAUUAUAAUGUUUUUCAAACUAUCUUACCAUAUUCAGUAGGAAAAUUUCCUAACAAUUUUUAAACUUUCAUUUUUGCAGUGCCAUGUUUAUCACUUUAAAAUGUAAUGUAGUUUUAGUAGAUUAAGCCCUUGGAGUCAAGAGCCCCAAUUCUUGUCUAUCACCUUUUCUUACAUCAUUAAUAAUGACAUAAGAGUCAUAAGGUCUUUACUAACGUGUUUUGAGCUGCUUGGAACAAAGGAACUAGUCACAGAUGAUUUUCUUCCAUCUUAUUGGUGCUGGGAGACCCUAAGUGCGUCUUUUGCUCAAGCUAAGGACUUUUGGCUUAUGCAUAAACUUGCUACAUCUGUACUCCUCAUAUUUUCACAAUAAGACAAUUUUAAAAUAGAAAUUACAAUAUUUAGAAAAGUUUAGCAUAGUGUAAAUAAUAUUUUGUGUUUCUCUAAUCGCCUUGAAAGAUAUAGCCAAAGGAAAUACUUUACACUGCACUCCUUCCUACACACUUCUCAGUAACAAAUCCUGUGUUAAUAGUUAAAAAGGCUCCUUAUUUUUGAAAUGUCAGUGGGUAGAUGUAACUUACAUAUGAGUAUGACAUGUAGUGAUGUUUAAUCAUGUUAACAAUAUCCACAGAUUUUGUGGGAAUACAAAACAUGGCUUUUCUCAUAAGCAAAGGGUCUUCUCACUAGCAUAACACAGGUGAAAUUUGUGAAUAUGUAUUAUAAGCAGCAUUUCGGGUCAAAUAGAAUAUGAAAAGGGGUUACCAGUAACCUCUAUUUCUGUAAGCCUCGCUCCUUUUAAAUUUAAACGUAACAAUGUUAGGUUAGUGAAGGUUUAGAAUAUGUUAUUUUAUGCAUGUUACCGUGAUGGCAAUGCAGUUCUUCAAAUCAUUUCUUGUCAUUCAAGAUCUUCAGCCUUUAACCCAUAGCGAGCAUGCUCCCUCCAUAUGGACAUUAUUGUCACAGCUGAGUCUUUACAAGGUCAUUGUCCAGCUCCAUUAUCUCUAAUUGUAGGUAAAACUCUCCUUUCUUUUUUUGCCAUAUCCAAGACUUAGAUUUGUUUUUCCAGAUGGAAUGCAAAGCAGUAAAGUGUUUGUGUUUUAACCCAGAAGGGUCCACUCCUGAGGAUACCUGGGGGGAAAGAGACCCCCUAAAUGUCCUUACGUCUAGCAUUCAUCCCUCUCCCAGACACCAUGACUACCAGAAAGGCAUGUGCUAGGAUGGCCUGAGAAGCACAGGCAGCCUGUUCUGCCAAGACAAAGCUGCUACUGUAACAAGGCCUGCAGUGCUUGUCUUGAGGUGAGGGGAACUUGACCCUGUGGAGCAGCCUGAGGGUCCCGAGGAAGUCUCCUUGCUAUUACCACUGGUGCCUCUUCUCUUGCUUCUCAAUAGAAGCUUUCUCUGGGAUCUAGCACGCACACAGUUGCUCUGUGCCUCUGUUUAUACAUAAGAAUUAAAUUAAUAGUCAUCAUAAACUUUAUCCCAAGGUCAAAAGUGUACUCAGUAUCCUCAAAGUAUUUUAACUUUGCCUCUUAAAACCCAACUUAUCAAGAAAUGGGAAUUCUGCUGCAUUGUCAAAUGGCAGAGGAAACCACGCCAUACCAGUAAAGGUUCUAUAACUGAAAAAUUGAAAUUAAAUGUGUUUUGAAACAAAAAUAAGUCACUCUUAUCUAAGAGGACCUAAAAUUUAUUUGCCAUGUAAAAUUAAAUUCCAAGUAAAAAUGUAUCUGUAUUUUUUUCACCCAAAAUAAAAAUUGUUCUAAGCAGAAAAU